AUAUGCCUAAUCCGUUUGAAGUUUUUUUAAAUAAAGUGAAACGGAUUUGGCUACUCCUUUUCAUUUAAAAUUUUCAAGUUGAAAUGGAGUAGCCAAAUCCGUCCUGCACUGCGAGGAAAAAAGUGUCUGACUUAUACUUCUACAGAUACCUGUCCGACUCGCUUAUGUAACGAAAAUCUUCCAUGGAUCGUGUUUUGAAAACUGCGAGAACCUCUGGGUCACUCAACUUAUCCAACCGUUCACUCAGGGAAGUGCCAGAUGAGGUUUACCAAAGUUUGGAUGCAGUUAGUGGGGAUGAGAAAUGGUGGGAGGCAGUGGAGUUGCAGAAGAUGAUUUUGGCUCAUAAUGAUAUUGUAACAUUGAAGGAAGACAUCCGGAAUUUGCCUCUCUUAUCAGUGCUGAAUGUUAGUCACAAUCAGCUUUCGUGUCUUCCGGCUGCGAUAGGAGACCUUCAAUCGCUCAAAUUAUUGGAUGUGUCAUUUAACUUAAUCCAGAGUAUUCCAGAAGAAAUUGGAGGUGCAGCAGCUCUAGUAAAGUUUGACUGCUCAAACAACAAACUAAAUGAUCUUCCUGGUUCUCUUGGAAGAUGUUCAAAUCUUGCUGAACUGAAGGCAUCAAACAAUAGUAUUUCUAGAUUGCCAGAAGAAGUUGCCAACUGUACAAAGUUGACGAAGUUGGAAGUGGAGGGAAACAAGCUAUCAGUGUUAUCCGACAGUUUGUUUUCAUCAUGCUUAAUGCUUACAGAAUUGAAUGCAUCGAAGAACUUGUUGAAAGGCAUCCCGGAAAAUAUUGGAAACCUUAAGCGAUUGAUUCGUCUAGAUGUCCAUCAAAACAGAAUUUCAUCAAUCCCAUCAUCAAUAAAGGAAUGUUCAUCUCUUUUAGAGUUUUACAUAGGGGGUAAUGUACUUAGUUCAUUGCCAGCAGAGAUAGGAGAACUUGCUGGACUGGGAUCACUUGAUCUCCACUCUAAUCAGUUGAAGGAGUUUCCAGUUGAGGCAUGUAAACUGCAUCUCUCAGUCCUGGACAUCUCUAACAAUUCCUUGUCCGGUUUGCCUCCUGAAAUUGGCUUGAUGACAACUUUGCGAAAGCUUUUAAUCGUUGGUAAUCCGAUGCGAUCUCUUCGAAGCUCACUGGUGAAUGGACCUACACCAGCUCUAUUAAAAUACCUUCGAAGUAGACUUCCAACUGAUGAAGUAGAUUCUGCUUCUAACACACCAUCAAAAGAGGAUGUGAUAUCAAUGGCUAGAAGAAUGUCCCUUACGUCAAAGGAAAUUUCAUUAGGAAAGCUUGGUCUGACAACAAUCCCAUCAGAUGUUUGGGAGUACAAUGAUAUCACCAAAGUUGAUCUUUCUGAAAACUCAAUAGAAGAGUUACCUAUGGAGCUUACCUCUUGUGUUUCCCUUGAGGCUUUAAUUUUAUCAAAGAACAAGAUAAAGAAUUGGCCUGGUUCAAUCUUGUUGUCACUUUCUAGACUCACAUGUUUGAAGCUUGACAACAAUCUUCUAAGAGAGAUACCAUUAGAUGGCUUCCAAGCUGUGGAAAAGCUUCAGAUUCUAGACCUAACUGGCAAUAUAGGUUCUUUAGCACAGCAUGCAGCAUUUUCUUGCAUGCCAGACUUGCAGGAGCUUUAUUUGAGAAGGAUGCUCAUAUCUAUAGUCCCAUGUGAUAUUAUGAACUUGAAGCAUUUGAGAAUUCUUGAUUUGAGCCAAAAUGCCCUUCAAUCAAUUCCUGAGGGAAUAAAAGAUUUGAAUUCUCUCACAGAGCUGGACCUUUCAGACAAUAAUAUUUCUACACUUCCACCAGAACUAGGUUUACUGGAACCUAGCUUGCAAGUGUUAAAAAUUGAGGGUAAUCCAUUGCGAAGGAGAGAUGAACAAUAUUAUUGAUUUAAUUGAUUUUGCUAUUCUAAAUUAAUGCCGCGAUGAACAAAGGCUAUUCUGAAAUACUUGCUGGACAAAAUUGUACAGCAUUAAUGCCUCCCAAUCUCUCUCUUUUGGGUCUAAGGGGUGAAAGAAAAACUAAAACAAUGUAUCUAUAGUAUAUAUAUAAUCGUGCGUGACAAAGUUUCAACAUUAAAGUCUCAUAUGAGCUAUCAAACACCUACUAAAGAACUGAUGUACUCUAUCUUUUUCUUGUAUUUUUUUAUGAAUUGAGACUAAUUUAAUGUUAAUGCUAGAGUGGUCGGUUUACCGUAAAAGUUCACUGUGAGAAAUGAAAGUAUUUUGGACGU